CUCUCUCUCUCUAUCUCUCCCUCUCUCCUCUCUAUCUCUCCCUCUCUCUCUCUAUCUCUCUAUCUUACUUCGUGGCUCCCUGACUCUACCUCUGCAGUCUGCUCCAGCUCCACCGUGCUGUGCUGGUCUCUUCUUUCUUGACUGAACCAGCCAGGGAAGAUGUCGUCCAACCCGUCCCCAGGAGCAGGGUCUGGACCCGGGGCCAAACCCAAAUCCCAGUCCCCCUUCAGGAAGAGGGGCAGCCUGCAGUACUCAACCAGCCCAUUUGACCCCCGUGGUGCCCGCCACCUCCUGACUUCCCAGCAUUCCUUGCCAGGGAUCCCCGUAGCGCUGAAACAGACCAUUGACCUACGCACCUCCAUGGACGGCAAGUACAAGGAGAUUGCUGAGGAGCUGUUCUCUCGCAGCUUAGCAGAGCGUGAUAUGCUCAGCGCCCCUUAUGAGUUCCCUGAGGACAGUCCCAUAGAACAGCUGGAGGAGAGACAACAACGACUACAGAGACAGAUCAGCCAGGAUGUCAAGUUUGAGCCAGAUAUCCUUCUGCGAGCCAAACAGGAGUUAAUGAAGACUGACAGCGCUACUGACCUAGAAUACCUGAAGGAGCAGAGCCAGGCAUUCAUGGACCUGUAUCCCAAGGAGAUGGAGCGGGAAGGAGAGAAGGAGUAUCAGCGGGUCUCCAUCUCUGGAGAGGAGAAAUGUGGGGUUCCCUUCACAGACCUGCUGGAUGCUGCUAAGUGUGUAGUGAAGGCCUUGUUCAUCAGGGAGAAGUACAUCGGCCUGUCCAUGCAGAGCUUCUGUCGAACCACAGCCAGCUACCUGGAGGAGCUCAGUGACAGACCUCUAGAUAUGGGUAUCUAUGAGGAGAUACCUGAGACUUCUGUUACUGCAGACUUAGACCAGACGGUCCAUCCUCCUGUCUCCGCCACACACCCCUAUGAAAACCAGGACCCUGCCUGUAUGCCUCCUGAUAUAGGCUACGGCUGCAAGAUGGUAAACGGUGUCGUCCACAUCUACACAAAGAAGGACAGCAUGGACACGUCUACAGAGUUGGAGCUGCCCUACCCAGACCUAUCGGAGUACAUCGCUGAUAUGAACGUCAUGACGGCCCUCAUCAUCAACGGACCUGUGAAGUCGUUCUGUUACCGUCGCUUACAGUACCUGAGUUCUAAGUUCCAGAUGCACAUCCUGCUGAAUGAGAUGAAGGAACUGGCAGCUCAGAAGAAAGUUCCUCACAGAGAUUUCUAUAACAUACGCAAGGUGGACACCCACAUCCACGCCUCGUCCUGUAUGAACCAGAAACACCUGCUGAGGUUCAUCAAGAGGGCCAUGAAGAAGUAUCCAGGGGAGAUCGUCCAUGUGGAGAGAGGCAAGGGACAGACGCUCAUGGAGGUGUUCCAAACCAUGAACCUCACAGCCUUCGACCUGAGUGUGGAUACACUGGACAUGCACGCUGACCGUAACACUUUCCAUCGCUUUGACAAGUUCAACGCCAAAUACAACCCCAUCGGCGAGUCCAUCCUGAGAGAGAUCUUCAUCAAGACAGACAACCACUUAGAAGGGAAAUACUUCGGACACAUCAUCAAGGAGGUGAUGGCUGACCUGGAGGAGAGUAAAUACCAGAACGUGGAGCUGCGUCUGUCCAUCUACGGCCGACAGAGGGACGAAUGGGACAAGCUGGCCCAGUGGGCCGUCAAACACCAAGUCUACUCUAACAACGUACGCUGGCUGUUGCAGGUGCCACGACUCUUUGAUGUGUACCACACAAAGAAGCAGCUGUCUAACUUCCAAGAGCUGCUGGAGAACAUCUUCAUGCCUCUGUUCGAGGUCACCAUCGACCCCACCAAUCACCGUGAGCUGCACCUCUUCCUACAGCACGUGGUGGGCUUCGACAGUGUCGACGAUGAGUCUAAACCAGAGCAUCACUGCUUCAACAUGGAGAGUCCUCUGCCAGCCAACUGGACUGAGGAAGACAACCCUCCUUAUGCCUACUACCUGUACUAUAUGUACGCUAACAUGACCGUGCUCAACCACCUGCGCAGGCAGAGAGGUUUCAACACCCUUGUGCUGCGUCCUCACUGUGGGGAGGCGGGGCCUAUCCAUCACCUGGUGUCAGGUUUCAUGCUGUCAGAAAACAUCUCCCACGGACUACUGCUUAGGAAGGCCCCUGUGCUGCAGUACCUGUACUACCUGGCUCAGAUCGGUAUCGCCAUGUCUCCUCUCAGCAACAACAGCCUGUUCCUCAGCUACCACCGUAACCCUCUGCCUGAAUAUCUGUCCAGAGGACUCAUGGUCUCACUGUCCACUGACGAUCCUCUGCAGUUCCACUUCACUAAGGAGCCUCUGAUGGAGGAGUACAGCAUCGCUGCUCAGGUGUGGAAGCUCAGCUCCUGUGACAUGUGUGAGCUGGCCAGGAACAGUGUUCUGAUGAGCGGUUUCUCUCAUAAGGUGAAGAGUUACUGGCUGGGCCCUCACUACAUCAAGGAGGGGCAGGAAGGAAACGAUAUCCGACGCACCAACGUCCCCGACAUCCGUGUGGCGUACCGUUACGAGACCAUGUGUGAAGAACUCAACCUCAUCACCCAGGCCAUCCGCACAGACGAGCUGGAGGCCAUCACAGAAGAGGAAGGGAAUCUGUGUAUGGGGCCUGUCUAGGGGGAGAGAGGAGGGGCAGAGAGGAGGGAGGUAUGUCUAUGGGGCCUGUCUAAAGGGAGAGAGCAGGGGCAGACAGGAGGGAGGUCUGUCUAUGGGGCCUGUCUAGGGGGAGAGAGGAGGGGCAGAGAGGAGGGAGGUCUAUGGGGCCUG